AUGUACCGAAAAGCCCUUCGGAUUAGGGUUUUACCACUCCCUGAGCUCGAAACAGCAGGAUUCGGAUUGGUCUGCUUUUCUUCAUCGACUUCAAAACUUCCACUCUCCUCUGUCAUAAAGGGACAGAAAAGAAAGAACGGAAAACUCUUCUCACUCCCUGAUUCCAGAAAUGUUUUGAUGUCAUUGGUAUGCAUGCAGGCUGCUGCCAACCCAAGGGCUCAGGGCAGGAGAGCUGCUGCUGCGGAAGAUGAGGGCAUGGACCCAACGCAAUAUCAUGAAAACAGGCUGAGAGCCCUUGCGGCACAGAAGUCAACUGGGGCUAAUCCAUAUCCUCACAAAUUCGAAGCUAAGUCGUCUAUACCUGAGUAUGUGAGGAGAUACGAAGGCCUAAACAGUGGUGAUCAUCUUGAAGAUGUCGAGGAAAAAAUUGCUGGUCGGCUUAUGAACAAACGAUCAUCAUCAUCGAAGUUAUUCUUUUAUGAUUUACAUGGUGGUGGUGCUAAAGUUCAAGUUAUGGCUGAUGCAAGGAAAUCUGAUUUGGAUGAAGAAGAGUUUUCUCGAUUUCAUAAUUCGGUCAAGCGAGGAGAUAUUGUUGGGAUAAUUGGUUUCCCAGGUAAAAGCAAAAGAGGAGAGCUGAGUAUUUUUCCCAAAACAUUUAUAGUGCUUUCUCAUUGUCUCCACAUGAUGCCCCGGCCAAAAAUUGGUCCAGGUUCAGAAAAUACUAAGGUAGCUGAUAUUUGGGUCCCAGGAAGUGGUAGAAAUCCUGAGGCUUAUGUAUUGAAGGAUCAGGAAACACGGUAUAGGCAGAGGUAUUUGGAUUUAAUGCUGAACAUGGAGGUUCGUGAAAUAUUCAAAACCAGGGCCAAAAUAAUUUCUUUCAUCAGACGAUACCUUGAUGAACGAGACUUUCUUGAGGUUGAAACUCCAAUGAUGAACAUGAUUGCCGGGGGAGCUGCUGCCCGUCCAUUUGUGACCCACCACAAUGAACUCAAUAUGAGACUUUUCAUGCGCAUUGCACCCGAACUUUAUCUGAAGGAACUUGUCGUUGGUGGCUUAGACCGUGUGUAUGAAAUUGGGAAGCAGUUUAGGAAUGAAGGGAUUGACUUGACACAUAAUCCCGAGUUCACGACUUGUGAGUUUUACAUGGCUUUUGCUGAUUACCAUGACCUGAUGAAGCUAACUGAAGAUAUGCUCAGUGGUAAGUGGCUAUCUGGAAUGGUCAUGGAACUUACGGGCGGUUAUGUAAUAAAAUAUCAUGCCAAUGGAUGUGACAAUGAACCCAUCGAGAUCGACUUCACUCCUCCUUUCAGGCGGAUUGAUAUGAUAGAUGAGUUGGAGAAGGUCGCUAACUUGAACAUACCCAAGGACCUGUCAAGUGAUGAAGCCAAUAAAUAUCUGGUGGAUGCGUGUGCAAGGUUUGAAGUCAAAUGCCCCCCUCCCCAAACAACUGCUAGGCUGUUAGAUAAACUUGUUGGUCACUUCCUUGAGGAGACUUGUGUGAACCCUACAUUCAUUAUCAACCAUCCAGAGAUCAUGAGUCCACUGGCAAAGUGGCAUAGGUCGAAAGCAGGCUUGACCGAACGUUUUGAGCUGUUCAUCAACAAGCAUGAACUUUGCAAUGCAUACACGGAGUUGAACGAUCCUGUUGUGCAACGCCAGCGUUUUUCUGACCAGCUCAAGGACCGACAAUCGGGCGAUGAUGAAGCUAUGGCCUUAGAUGAAACAUUCUGUACUGCUCUUGAAUAUGGGUUGCCACCAACUGGAGGCUGGGGAUUAGGUAUCGAUCGAUUCGCGAUGUUGCUGACCGAUUCACAGAACAUAAAGGAAGUUCUGCUCUUCCCAGCUAUGAAACCCCAAGAUGAGCCUUCAAGCAAAGAGGGCAGCAAGAAAACUCAAGAUGAAGCUCCUCCAUCUCAAGAGCUUGAGAAGAAGCUGUCACUGUCGUAAAAAUUAUGUUGGCCUUUGAGGGAAUGAUGAGAAGUUUUGGGUAAAGAAACUGCCGAGUUCCAAUUACAACCCAGCUGACAAUCGGAACAUUAUAUUAUAUUAUAUUAUAUGAUUUGGAUUAUUUUUGCACUUAACCCCAAGUACUUGAUUGAUUAGACUUCUUUGACCAACUUCGCCACUGUUUGACCCUCUUAAUACAUGCUGUAUUUGAAGAUUAAACUCAUUUUCCGAAAAUUCAUAUUAUGGCUUCACUGCGCUUUAUGCUAUAUGUCCAUACGAACGAUCAAGUUUCCAUAUAUCUACACAUAGAGCUGCCAAAGAGGCUGUGGUCACUUUUUACUAUCGAGCAUCGUUUCCAUAUAUCACCACAAUUGGUAAUUUUUCACAAUUAAAAGUGGUAUCUCAUGUUAAAUAUUUAGGAUAAAUCUUCUAGUAUAUAAUAUUUUGAAUGUUGAGUUUGUUUAGUUCUGUACGAAACAUCGGC